AUGUCGAUAACAAUCACCUCGAUACUGCUUUUGACGUUGUUCAUCUCUAUAAUCCCCGGGGUAAUAGCCAACCCCCUCUCAUCCAAACCGACAGGGACCACAUCGAACCCCCCAAUAGCAACCCUAUUAACGAGCAACAAACGCUCAAAUACCAUCUUUGUGGGCCGCUCUCUUCCAGAGUUCAACCAGGAUCUUUUCCUGGGCAUCAAGUAUGCCGACGAACCAAUUCGCUUCACACCAACCGAGAUCAAGAGCGCCUAUGCAUCUGAGGAUAGUAAUUCUGGACCUUAUAAUUUCUCCUCAGCAAGGCUCAGCCCUACUUCCAAGUCAGUAUAUUACAAUGCUACGGAGUACGGCUAUGACUGUCCUGCGUUUGGAUCCGAUACUACCAACCUGGUUACCAAGGGUAUUAUCACUUUGAAUGAAGACUGCUUUAACUUGAAUAUAAUCCGACCUACCGCCGACGGAAAUCGCGAAUUGCUUCCAAUUAUGAUCUGGAUUUUCGGUGGUGGGUGGGCACAGGGUGCCACUGCGGAUCCGAGAUAUAAUAUGAGUUAUAUUGUUGAACAAAGUGCACUGAACGGCAAGCCAGUUUUGGGUGUUUCUAUCAACUACCGUCUGGCGGCAUUCGGAUUCCUUGAUUCGAAGGAAGUGAGGGCCGAAGGAAACACCAAUCAAGCACUGCGUGACCAGCGCACGGCUAUGCGCUGGGUGAAGAAGAAUAUCAAAGCGUUUGGUGGUGAUCCGGAUAAAAUCACUAUAUGGGGCGAGUCUGCUGGUGCAUAUAGUGUCGGAGCUCAUCUGGUGACCAACAAUGGGGAUAAUGAGGGUCUUUUCAGAGCUGCAAUCAUGGAUUCUGGAAAUGCCGUCGGACCCCCAUAUAAUGGAACAGAAUGGCACCAGCCAAUGUACAACCGAAUCGUCGAGAGAGCCGGAUGCACCAAUUCAACGGAUACCCUUCAAUGUCUCCGUGAGCUGCCCUACGAAACCUUAUACAAUACUGCAAACGAGGGGCUGGAGUGGUUUGCCACCGUCGAUGGCUCAUUUAUAGCCCAGUUUCCGCAAAUUAGCUAUAAGCAAGGCAAAUUAGCUCGGGUACCUAUCUUGAUAGGGACGAAUACCGACGAGGGCACCAGUUUUGGGACAACAGGCACGGACACCGAUGAGGACUGCGUUAAUGAAUUGACUACAUCUAAACGCUGGGUCCUCGACCGUUCCCAAGCUACCCAGCUUCUAUCCUAUUACCCCAAUAUCCCCGCUAUCGGCUGCCCCUACGGUUGGGGUAAUACCACCUGGCCCUCAUUGGGACUCAUGUACAAGCGCUAUGAAUCCAUCGCCGGCGAUCUGACCAUGGUAGCGCCACGGCGCAUGCUGGCGCAACGGAUGGCCGGCAUGCGCGACAAUGUAUACUCGUACAGAUGGGAUGUGGCGGCGUUGAAUAGCUCGACAACGAUUGGGGUGCAACAUUUCGCAGAGAUUCCUUUCAUCUUUGCAAACCCAGUGCAAACCAUCACACCGCUAGGAGCUGACCCUGCGCGCCUAGAACUGGGACAGAUGGCAGCACGUAUGUGGAUGUCUUUCGUAGCGGACCUGGAUCCCAAUGGACACGGUGUGUCUGAUAUCGCCAAAUGGCCCAAAUAUUCGUCCCGCGCGACGAACUUUGUUUUCCGCUUACCCCGGAAUGAGAGUUAUGUGGAGGACGACACGUACCGUGCCGGUGGGAUUGAUUAUAUCAAUACCAUUGCGCGGUGA